GCACUGUACCAACAGUUUGUUUCUCGCGGGUAUUCGGUGUCGGCGCUAGCUAACCUCCAACAAAAAAGUUAUUUUUUCUCCGUUAAAACGCUGCUAUUCGCCGAUAAAAAAGUUGUUAUUCUCCGGUAAAGAUGCGCUAAACAUGAAGGUCCGGUUGAGGAUGUGAACGGACGAGGGUUCAUAGCAGUUACGUGUUAGCUCGUAGCUACCAGCUAACGGUUAGCAUCAAACGUCCAAGAGUUCAGGGGUGAGUGACGUCCAGAAACAAAUUCUGCUGAGACUGUUCCUGGAGGAGCAGGAGGAGGAGGAGGAGGAGGAGGAUGGCACCUGUGUCAGACAUGGAGGUGAAAGUCGAGGGGAGGAGAGAGGGAGCUCUGUCCCGGGAGGAUUGUCUCUGUCCCGUCUGUCUGGAGAUAUUCAUGGAGCCAGUUACACUUCCCUGUAAACACACCUUCUGCAAGGGCUGCUUCCUGGAGUCCGUGGAUAAAGCCACCUUGUGCUGCCCCAUGUGCAGGAGGAGAGUUUCUACCUGGGCCAGACUCAACACCAGGAACAAGUCUCUGGUGAACCAGCACCUCUGGGGACAGAUCCAGACCUGGUUCCCUCAGCAGUGUCAGAGACGCCUUAGUGGACACGAGGACGGGGGCGAGGACGACUCAGCCCUGGUGUGUGUCCCCAGGGUCAGUUGUCCUGGAGAGCUGCGUCAGGAAUAUGAGGACGAGUUGAUCAGAGUGACGGAGGAGAGGAGAGUCCUGGAGGAGGAGGAGACGAAGGCCAGUGAGGAGUUAAUCCAGAGGAUGCUGGCUGAGGAGGAGCAGCUCCUACAGGAGGAGGCGAGGAGGAGGGAGGAGGACGAACAUCUGGCUCUGACACUUAGUCACCAGCUGAACUGUCCCCCGGUCCCUCCAGUCAAGAAGAAGGAGGUGGGACAGAUUGAGAAGUUCCUGUGUCCUCGUCCAUCUCAGAGCUCCGCCCCCAGACUCCAGAGCUCCGCCCCCAGACUCCUGUCCAAUAAGGAGAACAUUGUCCUCUCUGAGACGGGCGUCCACCCAGGACCUGGACCUGAGGAGUCCCACCCAGGACCUGGACCUGGACCUGGACCUGGACCUGGACCUGGACCUGAGGAGUCCCACCCAGGACCUGGACCUGGACUUGGACCUGAGGAGGAGUUGAGGAGUCAGCUGAUCUCACAUGGAGGCCACAAGAGAAAGUGGUCUGAGCUGGAGGCAGGAGGCUGUCUCCUUCCAGCCGCCGCCUCCUCCUUCUCCUCCUCCUCCUCCUCGGAGGGAGGCGUCCUGGUUGCUGACUGGGAGUUGGAGCUUCAGGGCCGGAGGCAGCAGGAAGAGGAGGACCGAAGACUGGCUCUGCUCCUCCAGAAGGAACUGGAUGAGGAGGAGAAACUAAGAGCUACUGACAGAAGAAAGGGAUCUGCAGACGCUUACCUCCUCCGCAAAGGACAGAAGGAGGAGGACACGGGCUCCAGGAAGACCUCCAGGAAGACUGCUAGGACCUCCUCCUCCUCCUCCUCCUCCUCCUCCUCGCCAGCUACAAAGACCACUAAGGCCUCCCCCUUCAGUAGAGGGAGGAAACAAACUACUCUGACUGAGAUGUUCUCCAGCCUCAACAACUGACGUCUGACGAGAGCUCGUCUCUGACUGAUCGUUGGUUUUAUUAUUUUGUGUCAGAGUGAGACGUCGCCUCUGUCACCUCCUCUCUGUGACUUCCAGCUCAGACUGAUCAGUUCCUGUUUACAGCUGGAAAUCAUGUGACCAGCGUCAUGUGACCAGCGUCAUGUGAGACAACAUGUCUAACAUGUCUGUACCAUUUUUCUUCUGUGAUUGAAGUUUUAUAAGAAAUAAAAAUAGACAGUUGAUUUUGUUGUUUUGCUUUAUUAAAGGACACGUCCAUGUCUCACAGCUUGUCCACUCUGA